AUGUCGUCAAAUAAGAAAUAUGCCUUCAUUCCUAUGCAGGAUGACGAGGUCGGGCCUCAAAAGGUAAAGAAGUCUUCAAAGGACCGCCGCGACAAGAAGAAAGACUCGUCCUCGUCGCGUCACUCCAGAUCUCACCGCCGAAGCCGUUCCCGAUCACCUGCGCGUGAGUCUUCGUCCAAGCACUACAGAAGUCGCGCCAAAGACAGUCGUCGCGAUUAUGAUCGGCAGAGCAGCAGGAGGGACGACAAGGAGGACCGAUGGGCCGAUGAUGAGCCCCUCACGGACGACGAAGCCGACGAGCCUGAGUUUGAGCAGUCUGCUUCUAAGCGCGUCAAACUCAGCCACGGGGACGAAGGGGAGGAUGCGGACCUGUCCGAUGGCGCACGCGAAGAGCUGCAAGCGCAACGAGACCGCGCAGAGAGGGAGGCCUUCUCGAAUCGAUUGAAGGAGAGAGACGAUGGGAGGUCCAAAAAGGGCGGAAAGGAGGAUCUUGCUACUUCACUGAGGCGAUCACUAGCAGAUGAUGCCAAGGGGAGGAGUGAAGCUGUUGCCGAUCUCCGAGAAAGGUCACGGCAGGAAUACUUCAAGAAGCGUGAGACGGAAAAGAUCGCUUUGUUCCGUAAACAGGUCGCCGAGGAGACAGCCGAACUUCGAAGUGGAGUGCCGUUAUCAGAGAAGGAAAAGGCAGAGUUCGCAGAGAACAGAAAAUUACUGGCGCUCAUUGAAGAGAGGUUACGCAUAGACGACCACCGUGACGGGUACUACAUGCCCGAAGACUACAUCACGGAAAAGGGCAAAAUUGACAGAAAGAAAAAGGAGGAUGCUCUGUACAAGCGUUACGUGGAAAAGGAUGAGUACGGACAAGAGAAGUUCGUUACCGAGCAUGAGGAGUGGGAGAGGGAACAGGCCGCAAAGGCCAAGGCUCAAAUCAAGGUGGCCGAGAGGGAUGAAGCCGGUUACGACUAUGUCAUGGAUGAGGACCAGUAUAUCCAAUGGACAAGAGAUACUCGUAUGCCUGGCGAGGGGAAGGUUUUGACCGGAGAGCAGCUGUAUCUGCAGGCACAGAUCGAUGCUGCAGAGAAGAGACAGCUUUCCAUGCAGGAGACUCGAAAGAGCCUGCCCAUCUACGUCUAUCGGGACGAGUUCCUUGCUGCGCUUGAGCAGUACCAGAUUUUGGUCAUUGUUGGAGAGACUGGAAGUGGAAAAACAACACAAUUACCGCAGUAUCUUCACGAGGCUGGUUACACCAAAGAUGGCAUGAGGGUCGGCUGUACUCAACCUCGACGUGUCGCAGCAAUGAGUGUAGCAGCCCGUGUAGCUGACGAAAUGGGAGUCAAGGUUGGAAACGAAGUUGGUUACUCGAUCCGUUUCGAGGAUAACACCAGCGACAAAACCAUCUUGAAAUACAUGACGGACGGUAUGCUGCUUCGAGAGUUCAUGACGGAACCAGAUCUGUCAAGCUAUUCGGCGCUGAUGAUUGACGAGGCGCACGAACGGACGGUUCAUACCGAUAUCUUGCUGGCUCUUGUCAAGGAUCUUGCGCGGGAGCGCAAGGAUCUCAAAUUGUUGAUUUCCUCCGCUACCAUGAACGCAGAGAAGUUUGCUUCGUAUUUCGAUGACGCGCCCAUCUUCAACAUCCCCGGCCGAAGGUAUCCUGUAGACAUCUACUAUACGCCAGCACCGGAAGCCAACUACUUGUCGGCAGCCAUUACCACUGUCUUCCAGAUCCACACCACGCAGCCUAAGGGAGAUAUCCUCAUUUUCCUUACAGGUCAGGACGAGAUUGAGGCCGCAGAAAUGCAAAUCACCGAAACUGCAAGGAAACUAGGAAGUCGUGUCAAGGAGCUUGUCAUUUGUCCCAUUUACGCAAACCUGCCAUCUGAACUGCAAUCCAAGAUCUUUGAGCCUACUCCUGAAAACGCGAGGAAGGUCGUCCUGGCUACAAACAUUGCCGAGACCAGUUUGACAAUUGAUGGGAUUGUUUAUGUCAUCGAUCCAGGUUACGUCAAAGAGAAUGUCUACAAUCCCGCCACGGGAAUGUCGAACUUGGUGGUUGUUCCCUGCUCGAGGGCGUCCGCGAAUCAAAGGAGUGGUCGUGCCGGCCGAGUUGGGCCAGGAAAGUGCUUCAGAUUGUAUACGAAAUACGCGUAUAUGAACGAAAUGGAAGAGUCGACGACGCCCGAGAUCCAGCGGACAAACCUAAACGGUGUGGUGCUACAACUCAAGUCUCUGGGCAUCAACGAGCUCCUUGAUUUCGAAUUUAUGGACCCGCCGCCAACUGAAGCCCUCAUUGGUGCGCUGAACCAGUUGUUCGCGCUGCAGGGCUUGAAUCACAAAGGCGAGCUGACAAAACUUGGUCGACAAAUGGCCGAGUUCCCCACGGAUCCCAUGUUGGCCAAGGCCGUCCUGGCAGCAGAUAAAGAGGGGUGUGUGGAGGAGGUCCUCUCAAUAGUCGCCAUGUUGAGCGAAGCAUCGGCCCUCUUUUUCCGACCCAAGGACAAGCAGGUGCAUGCAGACGCUGCUCGUGGUAGAUUCACGGUCAAGGAGGGUGGCGAUCACGUUACGUUACUCAACAUCUGGAAUCAAUGGCUAGACAGUGACUAUUCGCCUAUUUGGUCCAAGGAGAAUUUCUUACAGCAGCGGUCGCUAACACGGGCUCGCGAUGUGCGGGAACAGCUCGGCAAGCUAUGCGAGCGUGUCGAGGUCACGCUGUCAACGUGCGGUGGGAUCUCCAACAUGAUACCGAUCAAGCGUGCCAUCACGGCGGGCUUCUUCCCCAACGCGGCACGCAUGCAGCGCAGCGGAGACAGCUACCGGACGGUCAAGAACAAUACGACGGUCUACAUACAUCCCAGCUCUGUGAUGAUGCAGGAGGAUCCACCGCCUCGCAUGGUCAUCUACUACGAGCUAGUACAGACCACCAAGGAGUACAUGCGGUCUUGCAUGCCCAUAGAGCCGAAAUGGCUUGCUGAGCUGGCACCACACUUUCACAAGGCCAAGGACAUUGCAGCCUUGGAAGAAAAAAAGCUCCCCAAGGAUCGCAAGAGAUAA